AUGCCGCCUCUAGCCAAUGUGCAGUCGGCGGCGUUGGCGGCGUUGGAUGAGGUGCGAGUCUCAACCCGAGAACCUGCUCGAGGAUCAUACCCUUCAAUCGUCUCAGUCUCAACAACCUCACCAGAACGCCUUGCGAAAGUUUUCACAGAUGACCACCUCAUCCCCGACGCGUCGGCAGCUGACACUGUUUUGUAUCUGGCAUAUGGCUCCAAUAUGUGUGCAAAAACAUUUCUCGGUGUCCGAGGCAUUCGACCUCUGUCGCAAGUAAAUGUAACGGCUCCCAGCGUACGUCUCACAUUUGAUCUCGCGGGAGUGCCAUACGUGGAGCCAUGUUUCGCGAACAUAGGAUUUCGGGAUGCGCCAUACAAGACGAAGGAAACCGAAGCCGAAUUGAUUCAUCAGGAUAUGGAAUGGAAUGGUGGUCUCAUCGGUGUGGUAUACGAGGUUACUCAGGAGGACUACAGAACAAUAUUGAGCACAGAGGGCGCAGGCUACAGCUACAAGGAGAUCGUCGUUCCCUGCUAUCCCAUCGCCCCGAAGAACACAGUUCCCAAUGAGCCUACCCCUUUUCUCGCAAGGACGUUAUAUGCAGCUAACAAAUUGAACGAAUAUGAUGAGAGAAAGUGGUGGCAACGUGUGUUUGAUGGGCGGCAAAGACCAGACCCUAAUUAUGCUCAGGCUAGCUUGCGUUACCUGAACUUACUCCGGGAUGGCGGAAGGGAACACAACCUGCCCACCAGUUAUCAGCAAUACCUGGCGUCGCUGCACCCGUAUAUUGCAACAAGAUGGACUCAGAAAGUUGGCCGAUAUUUCUUCAUGGCACUGUGGUCUCCGCUGUUGAUAUUCUUCCUCAUGGCCAGAUUUUUGUCGGAUGAGAGAGGCCAGCUCCCACCUUGGCUUGCGAGUUGUGUAUCACUGAUGUUCAACAUGAUGUGGAUGUCGUACGACGCUGCUUUCAAGCCCAUCUUCGGCGAUGGCGAGAGGACCGAGGAGGAUGAAAGGAACAAGCUCCUGAGGGAUGCGCAAAGUAUGGACAACGGGCGCUGGAGUGUGUAA